GGCCUCCUUGGUUCCGAGAACUUAGGAAUUAUUACUUCGUUUGGGGCUCUAGUAAAUUCUUCCUUCCCAGGCUAGAUACACAAGCUGAGCAAUUGGUUCCGAAUCCAGAGGAACCCAGGGCCAGGCGACGCUGGGUCACGUGGCCGACUGCUUACAUGACGUGCGGGCUGCUGAGCGUCACUGUGACGUUCAGGAGACCUGCGAAGUGGCCGGGCUACCUCCGUCACCUGUGCUGUCGGGGUGCUGCCAUGGACCUGGGACCGAUGCGCAAGAGUUACCGCGGGGACCGAGAGGCAUUUGAGGAGGCUCAUCUGACCUCUCUGGAUCCCAUAAAGCAGUUUGCUUCCUGGUUUGAGGAGGCUGUUCAAUGUCCGGAUAUAGGAGAAGCCAAUGCUAUGUGUCUGGCUACCUGCACCAGAGACGGAAAACCCUCUGCCCGCAUGCUGCUGCUGAAGGGCUUUGGCAAGGAUGGCUUCCGCUUCUUCACUAACUACGAGAGUCGGAAGGGGAAAGAGCUGGACUCUAACCCCUUUGCCUCUCUUGUCUUCUACUGGGAGCCCCUGAACCGUCAGGUGCGUGUGGAAGGCCCUGUGAAGAAACUACCAGAGAAGGAGGCUGAGAACUACUUCCAUUCCCGCCCCAAGAGCAGCCAGAUUGGGGCUGUAGUCAGUCGCCAGAGUUCUGUGAUUCCUGAUCGGGAGUACCUGAGAAAGAAAAAUGAGGAACUGGGGCAGCUCUACCAGGACCAAGAGGUGCCCAAGCCGGAGUACUGGGGUGGCUACGUCCUGUACCCCCAAGUGAUGGAGUUCUGGCAAGGCCAAACCAACCGCCUGCAUGAUCGUAUUGUCUUCCGUCGAGGCCUGGCGACAGGAGACUCCCCUCUGGGACCGAUGACCCACCGCGGGGAGGAAGACUGGGUGUAUGAGAGACUGGCACCUUGACACUGGACUCAAGAAUGUUGGGGAAUCACCGGGGGAAGAGAGUGGAGGAGAGGUGUUAAGACAGGAUGAGAAAAUGGGAGCCAGGCCAACCCUCUGUGUGUGUGUGGGGGGGGGGGCGCACUGGGUUUGUGGGAGCCAGGUCGACUUUCUGUGUGUGUGGCACUGGGUUUGAACCUUGGUCACGCUAGGCAACACUUUACCACUGCACUAGAGCCCCGGCAUUGAUUUAUUUUUACCUUUUAUUUCAAGACUAAGUUGCCUAGGCUAGCCCUGAACUCACUGUGUGUAUAUCCCAGGCAAGUCUUGGCCUUGAGUUCCUCGCCUCAGUCCCUUGAGUAGCAUUGAUUGCAGGCUUCUGCCACCAGGCCCAGCUCUAGUCUUUGUUUUUAAGCUAAGCCCAUUUCCUUUCUUAUCCCUUCUACCUACGUCUCUCCAGGACUCGCCCUCCAAGUUCUCUGAACUCGGAAUCAGUUAGCUGCUGGAACCGAGUACAGUUGUGUUGCAGAGAAUCACAAAUAGCAAAGAAUCAAUCUCCUAACUAUUCCCUUGAUUUUGCUCCUGGGUUUGGGGGAAGCCCAUCUCGGGAGCUGCAACUAGUCUGACUCCGUUUCCAAUAAUAGAUUAAUCAGGCUGCAGAUACAAAAGGCUUACUGGCCAUGGAAAGGAGCCAGGCCAGCCCAUGUUUGCUGUGACUCAGACAAACCAUUAUAUGUUCUGGUUGGCCUUGAACUUGUUACUCUGGACACCUGCCUUCUUUUGACUUUGUGGCUGUGUGCUUUAGCCUCUGUCACUGACAAAGGCUCCUCCCAAGGCAACUUUGUCCUGUACUGAUCCCCCACUUAAGCCUGGGUCCAGGAUGGACAUUGUCCCUGUGGCCAUUGGCCAGGUACCCUUACUUACCUCACCCCUUUCGCUAAUGUGCCAUGGAUUGUGACUUUAUUAGUGUAUGCCGAUGAAUUGUUGAGAAGUGUUGUACCCCACCGCUGUUAGGGGGUUGUGUGUGUCCCCCAAGCUUUAGUGUGAUCUCAACUGUCAGAUCCAGUGUACAAGUGUGUAAUAAAAACUUGUCAGCCAUA